AUGGCGGCCUCCGGCCCGCCGCUCGAAGACUGCCUCCGCCUCCUCCGCGGUGAGCGCGACGAGCAGAAGCUGGCGGGCCUGCUCGUCGCCGCCAACAUCUGCCGCGCGGGCGACUCCGACGCCGUCGCCAAGGUCUACCGCGCCGUUGGGCCCCGCUUCCUCCGACGCCUCCUCAGCACUGGGUUGGGGAAAGUGGAGGGCGGGAAGGAGGAGGAGCGAGAGGCAUACCUGCGGCUCGCCGUCACUGUGCUCGCAGGGCUCGCGCGCGUCCCGGAGGUUGCGGCCGACGAGGGGGUCGUUUCCACUGUGCCCCUAGUCGCCGAGGUUAUCACCAAAUCGACCGAUCCAGCAAUCACUGAAGAAUGCUUUGAACUUCUGUCACUUAUAGCAAUAGCUUCUGAAGAUGGGGCAUACAAGUUUUGUGAGCCUGGUGUAAUAGACAUGAUCUUCCUUCAAAUCUUAAGCUUAACAGAUGGUUCUAAGUGCGUAGAACUUGCCAUUAACCUAAUGCAGUUACUAGUUCAUAAACUCAAAGUUGACACUAUGAGUGUGGAGAAACUGCAAGGCAUGACUAGCAUGGUAACUUGCCUUGCCAGGCUUUUUGCUGUUCUUCAUACCGCAGUUAAAUUUCAUGCCCUGCACAUGCUUACCACCCUCCUGUCCCAAAAAGAAUCUCCACUUCAUGAUUCUUUGAGAUCAAUACCGGCAUCAAUUUGGGAAUCUCACAUUCGAGUUGGAAUCACUGCCAUUCUCCAAAAUCGUGUUGUAUCCUCUGAAAAGCUGCAUGCUCUUCUUCUGGCGGAGUGCAUGAUGUCCAUACUAGGCGAGGAUUGGUUGUCAGAAGAUUUUGAAGUCCAGGAUAACCAAAAUGUGUUGCCUGUUGACAAAUUUGUAUUGCUUGUCCUGGAAUCCGCAAGGGUUGAAGUGGCAGUCCUACUAAAUGAGCUUGCUUAUCUGAAGUACGAGUCGUCAAAAACUUCUCAGACAGAUGAAGCCGUCAGUCAGAAACAGAGAAACCUGGCUAUACUAUUUUCAUUAAUAGAAAGAAUAAUCAAAAUGAUAUCAAAUGCCAGUAGUGGUGAAGGUGCACCAAUUCAGACCAUCCGUGAAAGUACCAUAAUGCAGGCCAUUACGGGAUUAAAUGAGACAAUCAGUUUAGUCUUAGACUUUCUGCAGGACGCAAAGGAUCAUGGUCAACAGAAAGGUGAUGAUCUUUUGGCAGCUGCAAGAAUAGUAGGAAGUUAUCUGGCAGAAGCACCAUAUGCCUGCAAGGAGAAGACCGGAAAUCUAUUGGAAUUUAUCUUUUCUAUAGAAGGUCAAGAUGAAUCAAGCCCCUUCUAUUCUAUUUGUUUCAUGCUUCCAAUGCUAUCCCAAAUAACAAUGGAGGUUGAUGGAUGUAAAACUUUGGCAUCAUUUGGCGGCUAUAAAGCAGUUAUAGAUUGCCUUGUUAAAAUGACUGAGCAGGAUGGAAUGAUGAUUGACAAUGGUAGCAUGUUUUUGGCAUCUGACACCAUCAUAAAUUUCAUGUCUAAUAGGAAGAGUGUCCAUAUUCCAGUGGAUCCUCGUUUCAUUCGCCUCCUAAAGGCACUUGUUACAUGGGCUGGAACCACAGAUGCCUCAUCAGUUACCAUGACAGCAUCCUGCUUAUGCGCAAUGCUGUUGGACUUGACAUCAGAAGAGUUUCUAUUGAGCUGCUCUCACUUUGAUACCAAGACCCUUGGGAGUUUGUCUGAGCUCAUUAUCAGAAGUUUGCAGCAGGAUAUCCCAGAUGAUGACAGGGAGCAAUUCAACCAGAAGCAGAUCAUCGUAUCAGGUUAUAGGCGAUGGGCUGAUCGAUUUCCACAUGUUAAAAAUGUUGUGGAGCAGCAUGUAUCCGUGUGA